AUGGCAAUCUUAAAGAGAGGGGCUAGAAAGAAAGUUCAUCAGGAACCAGCCAAACGUUCUGCUAAUAUCAAGAAAGCCACUUUCGAUUCUUCGAAGAAGAAAGAAGUUGGUGUGUCUGAUUUGACACUUUUAUCUAAAAUAUCUGAUGAAGCCAUCAAUGAGAAUUUGAAAAAAAGAUUUCAGAAUGCCACGAUCUACACCUAUAUUGGUCACGUGUUGAUUAGUGUCAAUCCAUUCAGAGAUCUUGGAAUAUAUACAGAUGCUAUUAUGGAUGAAUAUAAGGGUAAGAAUAGGUUAGAAGUUCCACCGCAUGUAUUCGCAAUUGCAGAAUCAAUGUAUUACAACAUGAAAUCUUAUAAUGAAAAUCAAUGUGUUAUUAUUUCAGGUGAAUCAGGUGCCGGAAAAACUGAAGCGGCUAAGAGAAUCAUGCAAUAUAUUGCAGCUGCUUCAAGCGCUCACACAGAAUCAAUUGGGAAGAUCAAGGACAUGGUUUUGGCUACCAAUCCUUUGUUGGAAUCCUUCGGCUGUGCAAAGACCUUGAGGAACAAUAACUCUUCAAGACAUGGUAAGUAUCUGGAAAUUAAGUUUAACAAUCAAUUUGAACCAUGUGCAGGUAAUAUUACAAAUUAUUUGUUGGAAAAGCAAAGAGUCGUGAGCCAAAUUAAAAAUGAAAGAAACUUUCACAUAUUUUAUCAGUUCACCAAAGGUGCUUCCGACGCUUAUAGGCAAACUUUUGGUGUGCAAAAACCAGAACAAUAUGUUUACACAGCGGCUGCCGGAUGUAUAUCAGCUGAUACAAUUGAUGAUUUGCAAGAUUAUCAAGAAACACUAAAGGCUAUGAAGGUCAUCGGUCUCGGACAAGAAGAACAAGAUCAAAUAUUCAGAAUGUUGGCGGCAAUCCUUUGGAUUGGUAAUAUAUCUUUUAUUGAAAAUGAAGAGGGAAACGCACAAGUCAGAGAUACUUCUGUAACUGAUUUUGUUGCUUAUUUACUACAAAUAGAUGGUCAAUUAUUGGUCAAGUCACUAGUUGAGAGAAUUAUGGAAACCAAUCACGGUAUGAAAAGAGGAUCUGUGUACCACGUUCCAUUAAAUAUCGUUCAAGCAGAUGCGGUGAGAGAUGCUUUAGCAAAAGCUAUUUACAAUAACCUAUUUGACUGGAUUGUUGGCAGAGUUAACAAAUCUUUACAAGCGUUUCCUGGAGCUGAAAAAUCCAUUGGUAUUCUUGAUAUUUAUGGUUUUGAAAUUUUCGAACAUAACUCUUUCGAGCAAAUUUGUAUCAACUAUGUUAACGAAAAGCUACAACAAAUUUUUAUCCAAUUGACAUUGAAAUCUGAACAAGAAACUUAUGAAAGAGAAAAAAUUCAGUGGACUCCAAUCAAAUACUUCGAUAAUAAGGUUGUUUGUGAUUUGAUUGAGGCCAGAAGACCUCCCGGUAUUUUUGCCGCAAUGAAUGAUUCUGUUGCAACAGCACAUGCUGAUUCCAAUGCAGCUGAUCAAGCUUUUGCUCAACGUUUAAACCUGUUCACAACAAAUCCACAUUUUGAAUUAAGAUCUAGCAAGUUUGUGAUUAAGCACUAUGCCGGUGACGUCACAUAUGAUAUCGAUGGUAUCACAGAUAAAAACAAAGACCAAUUACAAAAAGACUUGGUAGAACUACUUGGUACUACCACUAAUACAUUUGUAGCCACAAUUUUCCCAGAUAACGUUGAUAAAGAGUCUAAAAGAAGACCACCGACAGCAGGCGAUAAAAUUAUAAAAAGUGCAAAUGAGUUAGUUGAAACUUUGUCAAAAGCACAGCCUUCUUACAUCAGAACAAUUAAGCCAAACGAAACGAAAUCCCCUAAUGAUUAUGAUGACCGCCAAGUCCUUCACCAGAUCAAAUACUUAGGUUUGCAAGAGAACGUACGUAUCAGAAGAGCGGGCUUCGCAUAUAGGCAAGUAUUUGAAAAGUUCGUAGAAAGAUUUUAUUUAUUAUCUCCGCACUGUUCUUACGCCGGUGACUAUACAUGGCAAGGUGAUACGUUAGACGCUGUUAAAUACAUUUUACAAGACUCGUCCAUUCCACAGCAAGAAUAUCAAUUAGGUGUUACAAGCGUCUUUAUCAAAACACCUGAAACCCUAUUUGCUUUGGAGCAUAUGAGGGACAAAUACUGGUAUAAUAUGGCUGCCAGAAUUCAGCGUGCUUGGAGAAGGUUUCUACAAAGGAGAAUUGAUGCCGCUAUUAAGAUUCAACGUACUAUCAGAGAAAGAAAAGAAGGCAAUAAGUAUGAAAAACUUCGUGAUUAUGGUACGAAAGUCCUGGGUGGAAGGAAGGAAAGAAGAUCCAUGUCUUUGUUAGGUUACAGAGCCUUCAUGGGUGAUUACCUAUCGUGCAAUGAAUCCAAAUCCAAAGGUGCGUACAUAAAAAGGCAAGUAGGUAUUAAAGAGAGGAUUGUUUUUUCUAUACACGGUGAAGCCUUGCAUACAAAGUUUGGCCGUUCUGCACAAAGAUUAAAAAAGUCCUUCUUACUAUCUCCAACCACAUUUUACAUUGUAGGCCAGACUUUAGUUCAGAAUGCUAUGACUUAUACCCAAGAUUAUAAAAUUGACGUACGGAGUAUUCAAGCGGUCAGUUUGACGAAUUUACAGGACGGAUGGAUCGGUAUUAACAUGACCAACUCGGCUCAACCUGACCCAUUGAUCAACACGUAUUUCAAAACAGAACUAAUAACACAUCUAAAAAAACUUAACGAUAAAAUUCAGGUUAAAAUAGGCCCAACACUUGAGUACCAAAAGAAACCUGGAAAAUUACAUUUAGUUAAAUGCCAAGUCAGUGAAUCAGCUCCCAAAUAUAGCGACAUAUAUAAAUCUAGCACUAUAUCUGUUCGUCGUGGUAACCCCCCAAAUUCUCAAGUACAUAAAAAACCGAGAAAUAAGAGCUCAAUUUCUCCAGUGUAUCGUACUAGUCCCUCGGAAUCAACGAAAAGAACUGCCUCGAGAGUUCCCGCACAAGCCCAACGAGUUCCUACUGCUCCAACUUCGAGAAACUCCAAAAAACCUGCUCCACCGCCACCGGGAAUGCAGAGCAGAGGUAAUGUGAAAAGCUCCGGUUCAGCUCCUGCUCCAACUCAGAGAAGUACUGCUGCACCUGCUGCUAUAGUUCAAACCAAUAGGCAGACCAGCGUGCCUCCCCCACCUCCUCCACCUCCACCGGCUUCAAAACCAAAGGAACCUAUGUUUGAGGCAGCCUAUGACUUUCCGGGUUCAGGCUCACCAUCUGAGCUACCUUUGAAGAAAGGCGAUGUAGUUUACAUUACAAGGGAAGAGCCAAGCGGAUGGUCUCUCGGAAAACUUUUGGACGGUUCUAAAGAAGGUUGGGUCCCAUCGGCAUAUAUGAAACCACAUUCUGGGAGUAGCAGUGGAGCCGUACCUCUCCCCCCACAGAAUGUAAUUUCUCCUCAGCCUGUUCAAAAUACUGAACAGCAGAACAAUGGCACUCCAACAAGUGUUUCCCCAGCAGCUAACCAAGCAAGUUUUGGUGAUGGUUUGGCUAAUGCACUAGCUGCGAGAGCAAACAAAAUGAGACUAGAGAGCGAUGGGGAGGAAGGUGCUGAUGAUGACGAGGAGGAAGACGAUUGGUAG